CACGCGGUUUGUGGGAUCGAAAGGUACACACCGAAUACCGCGUAACCUUCUUCAAUGCUCUUCAGAUUUUUCAACUCUUCUUUUUUAACUUAAACUUAUUUCUCAUCAACCAACGAACUGCAACUACUUGCAUCUUUGUCCUUUCUUGCUUCUCUUUCUUCCUUCUGUCCUUCUAAAUACUGUCUUUCAAGAAACAACAAAAAUGGUGAUAGCCAUCUUGUUAUUGUUACUCUUGUUCUUGGCUGGCUUCCUCAAUGUUUACUUCUAUUUGCCUCCCAAGAAACUGUAUGCAUGGCUUCGAUCUUUCUCCUUCAAGAACAAGAAUAUUUCAUCAUCUACUCCUAUAAAAGUUGUCCCCACUGCUGCCCUUGAUUCAGAGAAAGAUAAGGCUAAGGCUUCCUCUGAGAAUUAUGACAGUAACAAGAAAGACGAGCUCAGGAGCGUGUUUGCUACUUUUGACAAGAACGGUGAUGGGUUCAUAACCAGGCAAGAACUCAGAGAUUCCCUCGAGAACAUAAGAAUCAUUAUGACAGAAAAAGAAGUUGAAGAAAUGGUGACGAAGGUUGAUUCUAAUGGAGAUGGUCUGAUAGAUUUUGAAGAGUUUUGCCUCUUGUGCGAGUCUAUGGCUAUGCCAUCAUCAGAUCAAGAAAGAGAGAGUUUUGAGGGUAAAGAUCAAGAAGCAGGAGGAGAUUUACAAGAGGCUUUUGAUGUAUUUGACAGGGAUAAAGAUGGGUUGAUAUCUGUAGAAGAGCUUGGGCUGGUGUUGUCUUCUUUGGGACUAAGAGAAGGAAGAAGAGUAGAAGAUUGUAAAGCAAUGAUUAAAAAAGUUGACAUGGAUGGUGAUGGAAUGGUUAAUUUUGAUGAGUUUAAGAAGAUGAUGAGGAGUAGAACACUCCAUGCACAUGCUUUCACAGAUUUCUAGUAAGACCCUUUAAUCUCUCCCUCUCCUCUUCUUUUUUUUUUUUCCUUUUUUGUUUAAACAUACAAUUCACAAAAAUUAAGAAAUUUGGAAGCUUAAAUUAACUCUAAAUACACACCUGAAUGAAAUAGAAGCUUAUAUAUAUAUAUUGCUAUCCUACCCUAUAACCAAUAUCUCACUACAGAGAGUUCAAUUACAAAGGCAAGAAGAGGACUGAUGGAUGGUCUCUUUCUUCUCUAACCUUAUUAAUUAUCUAGGGAAAUAUUAGCUUGCAAGCUUGAUGUACGUGUGUAAAUAUAAUUGUUAGUGGACAAUCGCUAGGGCUUCUGGUAGAGCUUGGACUUUUCUGUAAUGUGCAUAUGAUCCUCUCUUUUUAUCUCUAAAUAUGCUGUGGAGAUUUUCUCAAUGUAAUUGUAUAUCAACAGUAAUUCUUACUUAUUCUAAA